UGUUGUUGUUGUUUUACUUUGUACACUUAUCUUAACCAUUAUAUUCGAUUCAAAUUAAGUAACUGAUUUAAUCAAUACAAUAUACCUUAAAUUAUUGUUGCUUAGUGCUAAAAAGAAAUAAUAAGGAGGGAAAAAAGAUAAAAAAAAAAGGGAACGAAAAUUUCGUUUGCAUUUGAUUAAUCUCAAAGAAUUUAUCACGAUUUUGUGAAACAAUUAAUUCAGUAGUAUAUUCAGAUAGUUUUUAUGAAUAAAACGACAUCAUAAAUAUUUUACGGGGGUUUUCUUUGGAAUAUAAAUAUUAAUAGGUCAAUAAUGCCAUCAGCAGAUAUUGAUAGUUCACGACAUUUGAUAAGUCAACCUUUAUGGAUAAAAGAUCCUAAUUAUUUUGAUUUACAAAGUUCAACUAGAUCUGAUUAUUUAUGGGAUCCAAGAACUUCACGCAAAACUGAACCUGAAGGAAUUCGUGCACGCAGUUUCAAGCCAAAAGUUUCAGCAUACAAAAGUACAAUUAAUUGGGAUUUAGGUGAGAAAGCAAAAUCUAUCUCGUGUGUACAUACACAAGUCAAUUCAAAUAAAUUUCAGAAUCAUAGUUAUUCGUUGACUAGUUUAUUAGAUCAGCAACCAAGAGAUUGGCUUAUUGAUGAUUAUGAUUCGAAACACAAAGGAUGGCGACGGACAGAUCAGAUAAUAAGAAAUAAAGAAUCAUUUACAAAAAAUUCAUUAUAUCGUGAACAAUUCCCGCCAAAGGAAGCUGUUCAUGUACAACCGGUAAAACCUGUUCAUAUACCACUAAAAACUUCAGAGAAAUUUACUGAUAAAUCUGUUUAUACUGAUGAAUAUAUAUGGCGACCAAUAUUAAUAGAUUAUAAUCAAUUAAAGCAUCACAAACUUUGUCUUCCUAUUGAAAUGAUUCCUUCAAAGCCCAGAGAUGAAUCAGAUAUGAUAAAUGUUGGCGAAAAUGUCAUGUCAAUGCCUGGUACCAAUCCAAACUUAUUUAAAAGUACAACUUACAGAGAGGAUUUUCAAAGACAUGCAUUGACUAGCAAAGAACCAGUUAUGUGUAGGAAAAUUGCGCCUGUGAUCAAAUUAUCUAAAAUAUUAAAACCACCAUAUGAAAUUCAAGAAUCAUAUUCUACUAUAAAUUCAAGAUAUCAAUAUGAUUAUGGUAGUUCAAUAAAACAUCGUCAUUUAUCGAAUCAUUUACCUGCAGCUGGAAUAACAACAUUUAAUAAACCUAUGAAAAGUCAAAUACAAACUUAUUCAUUUAAUUACGAUAAUGAUUCUUUAUUUAUGAAAGAACAAUUUAAUCAUCAAAAGAAUUCCAUUCAAAACUUUCAUUCAAAUGUAAAUUUAUCACAACGACUAUAUUUACCAGAUAUCAUUGAACAAGUAGAAAAUAAAUGGCCAUAUUUAGAACAUAAAAAUGGAUGUUUCUAUUCAACGAAACCAUUAGAAGGAAGUUUUUAAAAAAAUUUAAAAAAAACGGAUUCUUAUUCUUUUUUUUGUUUCUGUUAUACCUUGAUAACAAUAAUCAGUGGUAAUUUUUGGGAUCCAUUUGUGGACCAAUAUUAUACGU